UUUUUCUUUAAUACACCUGAAAGGAAUUAAGAAAAAGAAAGGAAAAAUUAAACAAAAGCCCAUGCGACCGAAUAUUUUGAUAUGUUCCUCCUGCUUCCCCUUCCUCCGCGCCUCCUUCUGCCUCACCAACCCCCUUUCUCUGGCCUUUGAGAAACAUAUCAGUCGUUGCAAAUCACAGGUCAGUCAAUCGAUCCAACGAACCAGAUGGCUCUGUCGACAUCUUUUCGUUCCAAUCUCAUCAAACCCCUUACCGCCCUCACCGCCUUAUCGUCCACCCAGCAUCUCCGCCGUCCCUUUUCCUCCUCCGCCGACGACAGCACCGUCCUCACCAUCGAGACCAGCGUCCCCUUCGUCGGCCACAAAUGCGAGCCACCCUCGCGCAAUGUCGAAACCACUCCCAAAGAACUGCUCGGAUUCUUCCACGAUAUGGCGUUGAUGCGGCGGAUGGAGAUUGCUUCCGACUCCCUCUAUAAAUCCAAGCUGAUCCGCGGUUUCUGCCACCUCUACGAUGGACAAGAAGCGGUGGCCGUUGGUAUGGAGGCCGCAAUUACCAAAAAGGAUUGCAUCAUCACAGCCUAUCGCGACCACUGCAUCUACCUCGGCCGCGGCGGAACCCUAGUCGAGUGCUUCUCCGAGCUCAUGGGCCGUCAGGCCGGAUCUUCCAAGGGGAAAGGUGGCUCCAUGCAUUUCUACAAGAAGGACAGCGGUUUCUAUGGCGGCCACGGUAUCGUCGGAGCUCAAGUUCCUCUUGGUUGCGGGUUGGCCUUUGCGCAGAAGUACUCCAAGGACGAGACUGUGACAUUCGCGAUGUACGGUGAUGGAGCAGCGAAUCAGGGGCAGUUGUUCGAGGCACUUAAUAUAGCGGCGCUUUUGGAUUUGCCAGCGAUUUUGGUUUGCGAGAACAAUCACUAUGGGAUGGGUACGGCUGAGUGGAGAGCAGCCAAGAGUCCAGCAUAUUACAAGCGCGGGGACUAUGUUCCUGGUUUGAAGGUAGAUGGUAUGGAUGCUCUUGCGGUGAAACAGGCAUGCAGAUUUGCUAAGGAGCAUGCUUUAAAAAAUGGACCCAUUAUUCUUGAAAUGGACACUUAUAGGUACCAUGGUCACUCCAUGUCUGAUCCUGGGAGCACCUACCGUACACGUGAUGAGAUUUCUGGUGUGAGACAGGAGCGUGAUCCAAUUGAAAGAAUAAGAAAGCUGAUCUUAUCUCAUGAGCUGUCCACUGAAGCAGAGUUAAAGAGUAUUGAGAAGAAAAUCAGAAGUGAAGUAGAUGAUGCUAUUGCACAAGCCAAGGAAAGUUCAAUGCCGGAGCCUUCUGAACUCUUCACCAAUGUAUAUGUGAAAGGUUUUGGGAUUGAGGUGGCAGGAGCAGAUAGGAAAGAAGUUAGAGGGGUGCUUCCAUGAGUCCAAAAUUCUCUGAAGGUUCCAACAGCCCCACCAAAAUAAAUAAAAGGUUUAAUUGAAGAGGAGCAUGUCUUGCUGGAUCCUCUUUGAUCCUUAUUCCCUGUAUAGGAAAUUGAUUCUUCCCAAGUCACGGUGUAGAAUUUUUACCUUCAAGGUAUGUAGUUUUCUGGGGGAUGUUUGCAACCCAACAUUUCAAAUUUAAUGUGUUACUUUUGUGCUUCUGGCAUCACUGAAAAUUAAAUUUCACUUUGAUUAGUGAAAAGAUUUUUUGCAUGAAUCUAUUGGUGAGCUGCCAAAAGUUUAGCAUUUUGAUUUUCA